AGUUUCCACAACUGUGUGGACAUUAAAAUGUGACUGGAUCAAGCCAUACCGCACAGCGCAAGACAUUUAACGAACAACUACAGAUGCCGAAGGAACAGAUCCUGUUGAAGAAUGUAUCCUACACCACCUGCAAAGGGGCUCGUCUUCCUAAAUUUCCUGCUCUUAUUGGCAGUGGGGACAUCUGAGGUGCUGAGGUCAGAAGUUCCAGAGAACUAUGAAGGAAACUUCCCUUUUUAUAUCGUAAAGCUGCCCAUGCAGGCGGUAGGGUCGUACAAUUUCACACUGACUGGAGACGACGAGGGGGUUUUCGGGGUUUAUUCGGGAUUUCUGUAUGCUACAGCACCUUUCGACAGAGAGAAGCACCCCUCCUACAUGCUGCAGGUGAGCGUGACUGACAAAGGGCAGCCAGUCAUUGACCCCAUCACUGUUUACAUCCAGGUGAAGGAUAAAAAUGACAACUUUCCACAGUUUACAAAGGAAUCCAUGUCAGGAAUCGUCUACUCUGGUCUGGGGACAAAAUCAGGGUCCCCCUUUAUGCAGGUGCAGGCCACUGACCUGGAUGACCCCGCCACCCCACAUGCUGACCUCCGCUACAGUCUGGUCAGCCAGGCCCCAGCAGAAGUAUCCAGAAACAUGUUCCAGAUUGAUUCCCUGACCGGCUCUGUGUCCCUCACUGCAGAAGGUGUGCGUCUCCUAGACCCAGAGCAGUGUAACAUGUAUAACCUGAAGGUGACAGUCAAGGACAUGGGAGAGGAAUCCUAUGCACACACAACGGAGGGCAUUGUGUCCAUUAAAGUCAUGGAGAACACAUGGAUCCCACUAGCGCCUGUGAAUCUGCAGGAGAACCAGCAAGGCCCUUUUCCACAGCAGAUCUCCCAGGUUCAGUGGAGUGGAGGGCCAGUUGUUUACAGGCUGAAGGGAGCUUUCCCUAGGGAUCUUUUUACCAUCAGCAGUGAGGGCGUCAUCUCAGUGACCCGGCCUCUGGAUAGAGAAAGUCAGGCUGAGUUUCAGAUCGAGGUAUUUGCAGAAAGCCCUGAUGGCACCGCAUAUGCCGACUCCCUCACGCUGGCAGUCGCUGUGGGAGACGACAAUGACAACGCGCCCGUCUUCUCCCAGCAGCUGUACCAGGCACACGUGAAUGAGCUGUCCGUGGAAGGGACAGAAAUUCUUCGAGUCCAGGCCACGGACGCAGAUGCUCCCACCAUGAAUGACUCAAAAAUUGUUUACCGAAUUGCCAGUCAGAAACCAGAAAGCAAAGAGCCUUUAUUUAGAAUGGACAGGGAUACAGGAGUCGUUACGAUGCAGGCAGCUAGUCUCUAUGGUGCUGCAGCUCUCUACACACUGGAAGUGAUAGCAGAGGAUCUGGCCGGGCAGAAAGGAGGGCACAGCAGCACCUGUACGGUUAUCCUGGAUGUAGAGGAUGUGAAUGACAGGCCUCCCGUGUUUUCACAAAGAAAUUAUGGACCAUUUAAGGUGCCUGAAGACACAGAGAUGGGUUUUCUGGUAACAAAGAUCGCAGCUUCAGAUGAAGAUAAGCCUGGAACAGACAGCUGGCUUGUGGAGUUCAAGAUUGAGUCAGGAAACGAGGGAGAAAUCUUUGAAUUGCAGGCAGACAGAGAGAAUAAUGCAGCCAGCAUAAUCCUCAAGAAGGAGCUGGACUUUGAGAGUGUGCAGGAGUAUACUCUGGUGCUCAGUGCUCGGAACGUGGGGCCGCUGGUUGCCGGUGUUUAUGGCUCGGACUCCACGGCUACUGUCUUGGUUCGGGUGGUGAAUGUGAACGAGGCGCCGGUGUUAUCCCAGGAAGUCUACGUGGAGAGUGUGGAGGAGGGGGUGCCAGCGGGGACUGUGGUGCUCACCGUGCAGGGCUCGGACCCGGACACCCCUCACGGAAUUGCUCUCAGGUAUUCUCUGAAAGGAGAUACCAAUGAAUGGUUCAUCAUUAAUGAAUACACUGGGGAAAUAAAAACUGCCCGAGUUUUGGACAGAGAGGUGAUGGAGGGUGUCUACACUAUGGUGGUGGUGGCAGAGGAGAGAGAAAGCCUUAACAGCACCCCUAGGUCAGUGACAGCAGCAGUGAUGAUAAAUAUCAAGGAUGUGAAUGACAACUACCCUCACCUGGUAGGGGAUUACUCCCAGGAGUACAUGUGCUCACAGCAACGUGAGAACCAGUCCAUUAUCAUUGGAGCUGCAGACGGGGAUCUGCGGGAGCAGAGUGGGGCUCUGCAAUUCUCAUUCAACAACGACCCCACUGUGCGCCGCAACUGGAGGCUCAACCCCAUUAAUGGGACUCAUGCCUAUCUUUCCAUGGGACUCAGUUACUUGGUACCUCAGGUCUAUGUGGUGCCUAUCAUCAUCACAGACAGUGGGACUCCCAGACUUGAAAAACAAUUUAACCUGCCAGUAACCGUGUGCCAGUGCACUGAACGAGGGAACUGCAGGACUCAAGUCUUGGAAAUGAUGGGAAAGCCAACUCCGCUGUCUGCUUUGGGCCUUUUAUUUGGAACCCUAGGAAUGUUAGGCCUUGUUGUGAUGAUAGGCUUGGCAAAACUGAAAGCUAAAAGCAAAAACAACCCAGUCAAAAUCCCUUUGAACAAUUCUGCAUAGCGCCCUGCAAAGAAAAGGAUCAUCCACAUUUUACAGUACUCACCUAUAGCACCUGAGGAGCCCUGUGGCAAACACCUUGGCCAGAUAGAUGGUGUCAAUACUUUAAUUGCUAAACGAUAAAUCCACAAAGUUAUAUAACUAAUGAGUGCCUUUAGCCACAGAUAAAAUAACCAGCACAUCUAGCUGAAGGCCAUCGUGCCUCCUAUCUAUACAACAGGUCGCUGGUAAUUUAUUUUAUGAGUGUGCUAUUAAACUGAUGACCAUCAAUUAUUCCAUUUAUACAACAGGGCACUGUUAAAUAAUUAAAUAUAAAGUGGUCUUCCAUUUUGAAUCACUCUGUUAAAUAAUGUAACUGUGCCAUAUCAAACUGAAGACCACGAUUCAUUUUAUUUAUACAACAGGUUACUGUUAUAUUAUUUAAGAGUGUGAUAUCAAAUUGAAUAUAUAUAUAUAUAUAUAUAUAUAUACACACACACACACACACACACACACACACACACACGCUAUUUAAACAAAAGAUCUGUGUUAAAAACAGUGGUUGAAGUAUGGUUUAUCUGUUAACAAUGCCAUACUGUGUUGAGGUGAUUUUUUUUUUUUUUUUAUCAGAAACCAUCACAGUUAAUUUUGUGGUAUUUAAAACCAAUAUGAAAUCCCAUUUGCCUGUGUGUGUGUGUGUGUG